GUUACCGAUGCACGCGCAUGCGCGAAUGCAUCACACGAUUUUUUGGUGAAUUCUGGCGAGGAGUUGCGGCAGGAGUGGCACCGAGUAGCACAAGCCCAGGAGAGCCGUAGGCUUAGGCCAGUUCAGGAAUUCUACAGCUGACGCUGUCAUGGACGCAGUUGCAGAUCCUAACAAUGCGCCAGCCGCACUCCACGUGCCCCAGUUCCAAUUCGUCGCCCGGCUCAUCGCUGUUCCCUUGGUGGCUAGUCUUCUCGACCGAGUGUCUAAAAUUUACAAUGAAGCGAAGACUCGUUUGUCCUUGGUGGGCGCCCUUAUGAAAGCUGCAGAAAGUACUACUGCGAUCACCCUGCUAGUGUGUGCACCUGUGCUCAGGGUCGCACUGUCUCGGCAACUUCAGCACGCGGACGCAUUUGCAUGUCGUGUCCUGGAUGAACUGGAGCAACGUUGCCCGAUAGCCUUCCGCCAUCCCGACGAGAUCAUCGCUGAUGUGAUCGCCUUGGGCCGAGAAAAGGCCGCGCAACUGAAGGCUUGUGUCAAUUCCAAGGUGACUGCAAUACGGGCGUUGGUCGAGGCUGCCGCCAACGUGAUCUUCCAUCCGGUGGCCACCUUGAAAAGCCUUUUUCGUAUGAUAUGGAUCGACGUUCACCUGGCCGUCCUCAUGGCCGAGCACCGUAUCGACAUGCUUAUCUACCCUUACGAUCGACGCCACAACCCCUUCUUCAACAACGUUAUUGCUGAAGUCGCAGUGUGCAGCCGUAUUUGUACGGUCCUGCGCAAACUGCGGACUCUCGCCAAGUUCGUGUUUUGGUACAGAACCAGACGCCUGCUGGAGAGACGCCUUUUCAUGUGGGGUCUCGCACUGAACGAUCUGCACUACACGCUUUCCCACGAGGCACUUGGUGAGGCUUUCGAUGACCCAGCUCUGGCUACAGUGCAGCACGCAUUCCUUCUCUUGGUGACCCUGGCCGACCGACUUGAUCUCGCCUACUUUUGCUUUUACGCCCACGUUUUCGGGUAUUAUCAUCUCUGGGUUACGCUUCCUGAGCCUCCCAACGAAAUGUUCCGCGCACUCGCACUUGCCGACUGGAGCCCUGAGGAAGACAUCAACGAAGAAGGUCUUGUCGAAGACAUUGACGAAGACAUCGACGAAGAAGGUCUCGUCGAAGACAUCGAAGAAGGUCUCAUCGAAGACAUCGACGAAGAAGGCCUCGUCGAAGAAGAAUAGCACAUCCGUGCACGGUCUUUGCAUUCGUUAAUGGCUACUGGCGAUGCAUUGUGAAGUACGAUGCUACAUUUUAUCGGCUUGCCGGAGCUCGAACACUCACUUACAGGACGUACGUUCACCUAUCUGAAAAGCAAACUUGCGAGACUAACCAGUGCGGUUUGCUGCGCUCAGACAACCUCUAUAGGUUGGAUAUGUGCAGGAUAUGCAAUUUUUAUGCCCUAUUUCGCACCCGCAUGUCAAGUUCGUUUCGGUGCACGUUUUUCCGCUUAAGGAAAUAUCAAUCGGUUCUCUGCAUGUCUGCACAAACAGCUGCAACUAUUCGUUUAAGCUUGCAUGAGCUUUUAGUACUUUAACUUGGGCAAAAAAUGUAAAGGUGGGUUCAGGAUUUCGUAUGUAAAUAUACCGUCGAAAUCACUGCCAGCAGUGCAUCUGCAGGCAUCUAGUUUGGGAUAAGUAUACGUGUUUCAACCUUUAGUGCCAAAUCAAAGAUAUAUCAAUAAAAUUGUUCACGUUCACUUCUGACCAUGAAGAAUACAGUUACAAAAAAGUUUUACUUGAGUUCACUUAGUGUUGUAAUAACGCGGUGAUUGUGGAAAUUAUCACAGCUAAAUCUUCAGUCCAUCUCAUCAAAAACAAAACAAUGGGCUUUGCAUUAUACAUGCCGCGCUUACAUCAGCAUUUUGAGGCAUCAAAUUCAGCGUAACAUAUCUGAUACGUUGGGCAUUACAGGGUUAGACGGAGCUGGGAAAAUGUGCCAAUGGAACAGGACAGAACAAAAAAGGGACUGAAACUAAGAGAAGCUUCCUAAUCUAAAAUGUUUUUCCUUUUGACCUCUUAUUUCGUGUCCUUGCAGAGCUGUUUAGACGCAUCCUCACCUACUACUACACGCAAGACAGGCGUCAUUUAUUCACCCGCCGUGACUUUCGAUCUUAAUGUUGAAACGGACCAGCGGAUGAAGCAGUCCGUUUUGCAUACCUUUCAGGCUUAACAGAAGCAGAGAAAAAAGUUCAUACAUAGCACCAAAGGCAGUCACGCUACACGUAUACACACCUUACUUGUUAUGAUCUCAAUGCAAUAAUGAAUAUAUGAUGCUUUUUCAGGUACAUCUCAUGCGAUCGGAUUGUUUCUGCAGAGGCUUUACCCGGGUCUAAAUUUUGUUUAAGUCUAGCAUUAUUAACUAUGCAGUGGGUUUUUCUGUCAGGCAUGAGAGCUGUGCUUUUAACAAGCGUGUUAUCCUGAAGGUAUAAUGACAACUCCACCGACAGAAAAGCCCGAAAAUGGGCUUUGCAUUAAAAAUCAUCCCGCACUUACAUCUGCAUUUUGAGGCAUCAAAUUCAGCGUAACAUAUAUGAUACGGUUACUUUCUUCCCCUAUAAUCCUGGAAUGUAUCAGUGUAUAGGUAGGAUUGUGUAUCGGUAGCUGAUAUAGUCUCGUGCUUCAGGAGAGAGGUAGUGCUUGUUGCUUCCUUGCCAAGUUCUCGUCUGAAGGUUGCUUUAUUUUGCAAAACUCCAAUACCCUAGUUACAAGCUACACUUCGUUGUAUAAUAAACUAGGAUAUAUGAUUCAAUACUUGACGACGAUAAAUUAAUGAAGGAUGUAAAAGGUCUUUCACUUAUGCUUUACGAAACGUUUAGGAUAGCAAAAGUUUGUUCGGUCUGCGCGAGCAGCUAUACCAUGCCUACUUAACUAAAAUCUGUGCAAAAAAUGCAUUUCGAUGUAUUUCUUGAAAUGCGUUCUUUCAGUCUGAUAAAAAAGUGUUACAUUAAAUCAGCUGCUGCUUCUACUUU